AAAUGAUAAAUUGUAUUAAUAUUUUUAUGGCUUAAAUCAAGGCCUGGAUUACCGACGAUAUCAAUAUCAACAACUUUGCCGUACAUUCAAACCUAAUCGCGUCGAGCGCUUCAUUAAUCGCCUAUAAUCGAGACGACGGAAACAUCGGAGUGGCAAACGUGAACGAUGUGCAGAGCAAACCAUCGGUGCUCACAGCCCACGGAAGCGAUUUAACUGAUCUACACUUCUCGCCCUUCGAUGACGGCAUUCUGGCCACGUCUUCGGGCUCCGGACAGAUCCAUAUCUGGCAGUUCCCAGAAGUGAGUCCAACGAUUGUCACUCCAAAGAAUGCCAUUCAAUCAUUCCGUGACGAAGAAGGGGUCGAUUUGAUUCAAUUCCACUCAACCGUAGAGAACAUACUGGCCGUCGGCACCACAACUCAGCUCAAGCUCUGGGACACAACCAAAGGCCAGCCGUUUAUCGAGUCGAGCAAAUGCUCGCGAAUUCAGAGCAUUGACUGCAGUUAUGACGGAAAGCUGUACGCCUUGAGCGACGGCGGCGACAGUCGUCGCGUCAAGAUAUGGGACCCGAGAGUCGACGGCUCGCAGGCGUUCGCCGUCGAGUUCAAGGGUCACGACAACGAUCGGGACUCGCGUGUGAUUUGGUUGGGCGACCGGCCGUACGUCAUGUCAUGCGGUUUCAACCGCCGUAAGGCCAGAGAGGCGUUCCUGUGGGACACUCGGGCCCACCAGAAGCCGGUGUCCGCUAUGAAUGAGUUCGAGCCGUCGGCCGGUGUUUGGAUUCCGUUAUUUGAUUUCGACACUCAAUUGCUGUUCAUCGCCGGUCGCAACGAUUCAGCCCUCAGUCACUACGAGGUUAACGAUCUGAUUGCCGGCACCGUUCAGUUGGACCCCAAUAUUGCCACCAAGAAGUCAAUCGAUUUGCAGAUCAAAGGGGCGACUGUUGUGCCGAAACGGGCGCUAAACAUAAUGCAGACCGAAGUGAACCGCAUUGUACUUCUGGGCGCCGACAGUAUAGCACCAGUCAGUUAUCGAGUGCCCCGCAAGACGUACAGAGAGUUUCAUUCGGAUCUAUUCCCCGAAACCAAGUCUCCCGACUCUAACAUCGCUUUAGAUGAUUGGCUGCAGAAGAAUGACAACAAAAUACCGACCAUUAGUCUGAAUCCUAACAUUAAUAAACGCGAACAAUUGGUCCGCUUUGGCAAAACACUGGGCGCUGACAUCAAGAUAGAGACCACCGAUCAAGAAGUGGACCAAUUUCUGACCAUUUGCGAGAAAGACGGCAUUGAUGUCGACGCGAGUCUCAAACAGUUGAUUGAAAACUCCAAACCCAACGAAAGAGAUGUCAAUUUAAACCAAACAAAUAAUGACACCAAUAAGAAGAGCAACGAUAACGUUAACAUAGUAUCCGUUCCCAGCCCUCGACCUCCACAACCGCAACGAAGAGGGUUCACAAUUCGCACCACAAAGUUUCGCCACUUGAAGGGCACGAUCUCUGGCCGCGAGACACACAUCACAAACUUUAACGGCUUGAGUAAAACAAUUCCCGGCGAAUGCGAUGGUUUCAAAGUGAACUCACUGUUCGCGGCCGUACCGAUAGGGCCCGCGUGUAAUCAAUUGGCUGUACUCAACGUCGCCAAAGGCGUGAGACUCAGCGGCGGUGUUAUACCCCAUUUGGUCUGCGGUCACACGAUCUGCGACUUCUCGUUCGAUCCGUUCGACGAACAUCUGGUGGCCGUCGCCUGCGAUCACGGAAUGAUUCAGUUCUGGCGAAUACCCGAAAACGGUUUGACCGAAAAUGUGGACACAUUUGAGUCCGAAAUGCACGCACACGACGACCGCAUAACGAUCAUCGCAUACCAUCCCAACGCCAAACACGUUUUGGCCUCAUUUGCCACCGAUUUUGAACUCAUUAUAUGGAAUGUGCAGACAAUGGAACCGAAGCUCAAGAUUACCGCUCAUUCGGAACCGUUGUUUAGCAUGUCUUGGAGUCCAGACGGAGAUCUGUUGGCAACGCUUUCAAAGGAUCAAAAGCUACGGAUCUUUAACCCCCGAGAAGAAGAGCCAAAACUGGUGGCCGAGGGUUUGGCCACUCAGGGCAGUCGCGGCGGUAGAGUCUGUUGGGCGCUGAAGGGAGCGCUUGUGAUCGUCACUGGUUUCAGCAGAGUAUCUGAACGACAAUUUCUAGUCUUUGAUAAAAACGAUUUGUCAAAACCGAUCGCAUCGGAAGGUCUGGACGUCUCGCCG